ACACAUUGAUGCAUAACCUGCGUGUGUGUGCGUGUGUGUGUCCACUAUAGAACCCAACUAGACGCACAACUUGUAUGUGUUACAUUUACACGCAGUUUUCAUUCUCUUCUUCGUUGGUUCCACUUCACUUUAGUGAGACAUCCAAGAAUGCUGUUACAUCACUUCCCGUCGUCAGCUGGUGUUUCCUCCUCUGACUUCUCUAAUCCUUCACUUCCUCUUUCUGUACGAACAAACUCUUUCAACCACGCAGAGUAUUGGUACUAUUAGUAUUCCUAGUAUUAGUAUUAGUCUGUCUGUGUACUUGAACAACUUCUUUAAUAUUACACCAUCAGAGUCCGUGACUGAAACAACUCAACCGGCCCGAUAUGUAAAUGAGUGUUUACGUAAACGUCAGAGGGGGAGGAGCCAGAAAACAAGAAGUCACAGAAACGUCAACUUCUGUCUACGAAGCCCAGAAGACACAGAGUGAGACAGGUUCCAUCAGACAGACAGCUGGAGUCUGAACACAUGUGACAUCCUCUGUGCCCAAAACUCACAUCAGCACCGAAAACAUAGAAAACCUCCAAGAGGGAAAAAAGGCCUUUGUCUGACGCUCAGCGGGAGAAAGACGCUGAUCAGCUGCAGAUGGAGACGGUAUGUGAGGAUGACCUCUGCUGGCUGCAGCUUGAUGACUUCAGGAUGAUUCUCAUCAAAACCAUUGAACCUUGGAGAAUCACUCCCUACUUGCGACAGUGCCAGGUGGUCAGUGCUGAGGAUGAGGAGCAGCUCUUUAAUGAUCCGGCUCUCGUCAUAAGGAGAAGAAAAGUCGGAGCCUUGCUGGACCUCCUGCAAAGAACGGGUGUCAAAGGUUACACUGCUUUCCUGGAAAGUCUGGAGCUGGAUUAUCCUCAACUGUACAGCCGCAUCACCGGGAAGGAGCCCAACAGAACCUUCAGCAUCCUUAUUGACACAGCAGGCGAGUCCGGUCUGACUCAGUUCCUCAUGUCGGAGCUCAGCCGCUUGCAGAGGGCGCUGCAGGACGAGAGGAGGCGGCGCCAGCAGGCCUGCUCCGUCGCUGAGGAACAGCAGAAGCUGAAGGAGCGCGAGCUGAGGAAGCUGAGUGAGCGCGUGGAGAAGCUCCGGGAGGAGCGGCAGCUUCUGAGCGAGGAGGCGAAACAGCUCCGAGACCACAACUACAGCCUGAUGUCCGAAAUCAACGGCCUGGCCCAGGAAAAGAGCGCCGCCCUGCUGGCAAACCGUGACCUGCAGAUAGAGGUUGAACGUCUGAAACACACGGUGCAGCGAGCGGAGAACACGACCAGAAUCCUGAGAAGAAGAACAGUGAGACAGGAGAGCAACAUUCUGUCUCCUCCCAGCGAGACCUUCUCCCACGCAAACGGAGCGGAGGAAAAGGAGGAGCAACAGGAGGAGAAAAAGGAGGAGAAAAAGGAGGAGAGAAAGGAGGAGAGAAAGGAGGAGAAAAAGGAGGAGAGAAAGGAGGAGAGAAAGGAGGAGAGAAAGGAGGAGAAAAAGGAGAUUGACUUCCUCACAACAGUGCUACGGCUGAGGAGACAACUCCACAGAGCGGAGGAGCAGAGCGCCAAGAGCCUGGAGGAGAAGGAGGAGCUGGAGCUGUUCUCCACCCGGCUGAAGGGAGAUGUCAGGAUGUACCGUCAACGAAACAAACAAACCCUCAGACAGCUGGAGGAGGUGAUCAGAGAGAGAGACAAGGCUCUAUCUUCGCGGGCGGAGCAGCAGCAGGAGGUGCGGCUGCUCCUGCAGGAGAAGGACCACUACAGGGAGCAGGUCAGAACGCUCACUGAACAAUCCGAUAAAUUGGAGCUCCUCCUGCUGAGCUCACAGGGGGAGGAGCUACAGCUGAGAACACGCCUCCGCAGACUCAGCAGCAACACCCACCAGACUGAUCUGAGUGUGAGCAGCGAGGGGGAGGAGCCCAUGCAGGAGGCAGCUAAAGAGGUGCGCAGUGUGACACUCGGGGAGAACGAGGAGGUGCCGACGCUGCAGCAACAGGACUCGAGUGUGGGAGAAGCCAGAGAGUCUGAACAGAGGCCCAGCACAGCUGCAUCAUGGGACGAGGAGACGGACGGCUGUCUCACCUCCAGGCGACAUCGUUUCUUCUACCGCAGGAAGCGAGCCGUCCGGUCGAAGCUCGCCUGUAGGGAGAACACAGCCGGUAACCAUGACGACAGCAGCUCAAUCGACACCGACUCCGACUGAAGAAAAGAUGUUUAUUUCUGUCCCCUUUUAUUUGUUUUAGUCUCAACAGUUUUUACACAUGAAAGAAAAAGUUACAAAUUAAACAUUUGUUUGUUUUAAUGUUGAGGAUUAAAUCA